AUGCUCCUCAACACGACCAAAAAGAUGCACGCAAGACGGAACCCAAACCUCUCCGUCACCGCAACCGCCUACUCCCAGCUCUCCCCUCCUGUCCAUUCCGCCUCCCUCCUCUCCCCCACCGCCGCCUCACGACGGGGACUGCUCUCGCCGCCGGGACCGCUGUCGCCCAGUCUGCCGAGCCUGAUACCGAGACAUGGGAAGAAGCAGCCCUCAUGCUCUCAUUCGGGACUUGUGAAGAGGUCAGUACUGGUGAUAGUAGGGACGGCGUUGGCGCUGUGGCUGGUGCUACAUCUGAUGUCGGAGCGGCGCACAUCGCAGGGGCUGGACUUCGAAAGUAGCGACGAGUGGGAAAUGGUAGGAGGGAAUUCCCUACCCCAAGAACCUUCGGCGAUCAUAGUGCAGGACGUCAAGGGUAAUCCGAAAUGGACGGUUUCGAUCCCUCCCAGUUACGGAUUCCCCCUGCGUCCGGCGCAUUAUCAGGAGAUUUGCCAGCAAUCGAUGGAGCUGUCGAAGCAGUUGCGUCAGGAGGGGAGGGCGUCCAAUUCCAUGGUCAAGAGGAUGUUGGGGUAUUACACCAAGGAUCAGUAUUUCAUGGACGUGGCAGAGGCGGAGGAGCAGGGGUUACUACCAUCUUCGAAGGCAAAUGGGAGGCCGAAGGGAUUUGUCGAUGAUGAGGAUAUGGUUGCGAAGAGGCCACAGAAGGAGGAGGAGAUGAAGGUGUGUGAGCGGAGUUUGACGUACGUGAUGGAGACGACGGACGCGGGGAUGGGGACUACGUUGAUGAGGCUGUGGAUGAGUUAUGGGCUGGCUUUGAAGGAAAAUCGGGCGUUCUUCGUCGACGACACUCGCUGGCCCUACGGCAAAUACCUCACCUACUUCCUCCCCCCUCCGCCCACCCACUGCCUUCCCCCUCCCGCCUCGCACAUGCUCCCGUGCCCCCACACGGCCCACCACAUCAUCGUGUCCAGCGCCACGGUCCGCCAAACCUUUGGCCACGCCUUCAGCGAGGAAUUCGAGGACGCGCGCAAGAUGCGCGUGCAGCGGCAAGUCAAGAUCUUCGGCCUCCUGCGCACAGGCUACGAGGCGCUGUUCAAACUACGACAGGAUGACGCCGAGUACGUGGGCAACCGCACGCAAGCCCUAUACGCCGACGUGCGGAAGCAGGGAGGCAAGAGCGUGGGCGUGCACAUCCGGAGGGGCGAUAAACACCCCUUUGAGUACCAGUUCCAGAAGGACUACAUCCCUGUGGAUCGGUACAUGGCAGCCGCGCAGGAACUCGCGCGGUCGAAGCCGAGGAAGAUCGUGAUAGCGUCGGAUGAUCCGCAGAUGUACGAGUCGCCGGACCUACUACCGGGGACGGUGCGGGCGCAGGACCGCAUCAUGCUGGCGACCAAGAGCGCGCUCGAGGCGGCGCAUUGGGGCCAGAAGAAGGAGAAUCCGUGGAUCGACGACUUGACGGGGUGGGAGGGCGGGUUCUUCAAGGAUGUGUUUUUCUCGCUUGGUCGGGAUGGGAGGAGUCGUGCUGGGAGUCGUGCUGCUGGGGUGGAGGAGGAGGUGCCCGAGCAGGCGAUGCGGUUGAGGGAGUUGGUCGGGAGGGCGUACUUGAUGGAUCUGGCGGUGCUGAUGCAGGCGGAUGGCGUGGUCUGCGGGGUUAGCGCCGUCGGGUGUCGGAUUCUGGCCGUGGGGAUGGGGUGGGAGAAGGCAAUUGGGAGGGGGGAUGGCGGGGGGACUUGGAGGAAUGUGGAUGGGUUGUUUGAGUGGAAGGGGAUUAUCUGGUAGGGGGAGGGAGAGAGGGAGGGAGGUGUGAUACCCAGUCGUUUUCGAUAGAUCCAUGUACAUUGGCUUGGCUCUUUUUCCUAUUUUGCAUCGUUUUCUUUGUCUACUCGGUACAUAUUCAUGGCUCCACGAGCGGGGAGAAUGCGAGAUCGAAUCUUGCGAGCGGAAACCAGAAACCGAAAGCGAAAGCAUUCGAGCACAUAUACAUACAUGCAUAGGUACAUACCUACAUAAGCAACAAGAAGUCAAUCAAAGCUUUUUUGGCUUGGUC